AUGAUAGUUCUUGACACAGAGCCCUGGGCCGGUUUAUUCGGUCUCAAAAGCGUAGCAGAUCUACUGUACGAACAAGAGAGGUACGGCGAGGCAGAAAUAUUAUACAGGCCGGCGCUGGGGAUACAAGAGACUUUGGUUGACGACGAGCACGAAGAAAGAAUCUCAACUAUAAAGCAGUUAGCACACGUCAAAGAGCGACUAGGAAAGUCAGCAGAGGCAGAAAAUUUGUACAAGAGAUGUCUAGAGUGGCGAAAGAAGAUGUAUGGAUAUUAUGAUCCAUCAACGCUUGAAGUCGCGAGUGACUUGGCGACUAUGCUUGUAGAGCGCGGGGAGCUUACAGAGGCAGAAAAUGUAUACAAAGAUAUACUAGAGGGGUACAAAAGUACUCCUGAAAGCGAUACUGAGCUUUUACUUUCAUUCAGAGGAGAUCUAGCGUCAGUGCUGCGUUCUCAAGGGAAGUUUGAAGAGGCGGAAUCGUUGUGUACAGAGUUGCUGAUGGUAUACCGAGAGAAGCUUUGGCAUUCAACCGAUGGCGCGCUUUUAGCGAGAGAAACUCUAGCGGAUAUCCUGACCUGCCAAAAAAGGGAUGAUGAAGCAAAGCUUCAGCAUCAACUUUUGUCACAGCUGCGGAGAGGACGGUUGCUGGAGGAUUGUGACGAAGCCCGGAAGCUGAUCCAUCAUGGAAAGUACAAGGAGGCAGAGUAUAUCUGUAGACAAGCUCUAACAGCAUGCGAAAAACAUCUUGGGGCUAAACACCGAUAUUCUCUGCUAGUGUUGCGGGAAUUAGGCCAUACGUAA